UUUACAUAUGGUGGCAAAAUCUAAAGACGGCGACCCGUUUCCUGUAGACAAGUUAGCAGUAAGAUAUGUAGUCACUGUCGAGGAUAUGCCAGCAUUUUGAGAAAACAUGGAAUGUGGUCUAAUAAGUGACGGUGAUGCCGUGUUUAAGGAACGCUACUAUGGCGUCCUCCCCGAACCUACUUCGGAACUCAGCGUGGAUGAGAAGAGGGCGCUAGAGGAACCGUUCACGUACCCCGAGUUGACAGCAAACGAGAAGUCAAAAGUCGCGAAACUACUGACAGGGAACCUGCCACUGGACGAACUUCCAGCGUCGCCUAAGCAAGCAGUCAGGGUGUACAUGAACGCACCCCUUAUUGAUACCAUCCAAGAACGCAGCGCACUCAUCCAGAAAAUUUACUCCAAACUCAAAAGUUUUUGCAGGGACAAACAUGGUGUGGAGUUUCAGAUGGUUGACUUGAACUGGGGUGUCCUUCCACCGGUCAGAGACAAUGACCACUCAAUGCUAGACACUUACCUACGCGAAGUCCAGUACUGCAGGAGCCAUUCUGUGGGACCAAGUUUAGUGUCAAUUCUAGGCCAGAAGUACGGCGAUCAGCAAGUUCCCGCGUGGAUUCUCACUAGUGACUACAAAGCCAUCUUGAAGCUGCUCGAGGGUGCCGGAAAGGACGUGUCACUGCUUCAUAAAUGGUAUUGGGAGGACAGCAACAGGCAACCUCCCGUCUACAUACUACAGCCUGUUGAUGAAGUUUCUUGGCGUCAUACGGAUUUAGGUAUUCCAGCAGAGUCUUGGGUCGACACGGAGAAAAAGCUUCUGGUGCUAUUUAACACUGCCCUGGCACUGUACGCCAAACACCUGACAUCACAGUCGAAUGAGACGAACGGUCUGCUACAUCAACAGUUUCAAAAUCGGCUUAAAUUUUCAGUUGUGGAGCAGGAAAUGCGCGGUGGAGUGGCAGACAAUGAUAUUGCAGACGACAAUCAUAGGAUAUGUUACAUUCGAACAAUAGCAGAUCUUCACAAAAAUCUGGACAAGAAAAGGGCGUACCGCUAUAUCGACUUCAAAAAAGGUACAAAAGGACUAUCCAAUUCAGCAACAGAUGCCACAAAUAAACUCAAAUUGCUUAUCCGUAAUAAUGUCAAUGACAAACAUCUCGCUGAAUUCACUGUGAAAUGGAGCGAGCCUCACGGUAUAGAUCCCGCCGACCAUGCCGAAUAUCUAGAACACUUCUGUAACGACUUCUAUUAUCGUAUGGUUAAAUUGAUUGACGCAAACAUGGAUGCACGGCAAGUGAUGGCAAGUGACCAUGUAUAUGAAGAAGCCGCUCGCCAUUGGCGUCUUGCUAAAGAAAGAUGUGGCAAGUUCAUGGGCCGCACAGACGAGCUUGUUCACAUACGUGAGUAUUUGCUUCGGGAGACAAACGAGCCGCUUGUCAUUCACGCUCCGUCAGGCUACGGGAAGACGUCUCUCAUUUCCAAGGCCGCCCAGGAGGUGAACUCUUACCUGCAGUCUCAUGGGAGGGGCAUCCAUGCGCUCGUUGUUCUCCGAAUAUUAGGGUUGACUCCCCGAAGUCGAAAUCUCCACCAAGUGUUGAAGACGAUGUGCCACCAACUUGCAGCUGGCUGUGGAAAGUAUCGCUACGAAAUACCAGACGAUGUGAAGAGUUUGAAACAAUAUUUCCGUGAUUUCAUACAGAGAGGGGAAUUUGCUGGAAUGAUCGUGCUCCUCCUGGACGGAUUGAACAAACUGGACCCAGAUGACAGUGCCCUGGGAUUGGAGUGGUUGCCAGUCAAGCUGCCUGAUAACGUGAAGAUCAUCGUGACAACGACACCAGACGAGAACGGUACUUUAUCUAGACUCAGAUUUAUGAUCCCUGGGCCAGAAAACUUCAUUGACUUGAAGGCAAUGAAACCACAUCUAUGCAACGAGAUAGUUCAAAUGCUGCUAAAACAAGCAACGCGGGGCAUCAACGAUAUUCAACUUAAAGUCAUCAACAAGGCGUUUCGCACGUACACGGCCGUCAUGGGUAUCACGCCACUAUACAUAAAGCUUGUGUUUGAAGAGGCUGUCAGAUGGAAGUUCUACACAGAAGUUGAUCUCGAGACGUUGCCAAAGACCAUCUAUGGCAUAUUCAAUCAUGUCCUGGAGAGGUUAGAAAAGAGGCACGGGCAAAUGAUUGUAUCCAGAUGCCUAGGUUACAUCACGCUGUCACCAGAUGGCCUAAGCGAGGCAGAACUGGAUGACAUUCUCAGUCUAGAUGAUGACGUGUUGAACUCCCUGUAUGUCACUUGGGAGCCCCCAUUACGCCGUUUCCCCACAGUGCACUGGGUAAGGGUUAGACAGGAUUUAGAGGGAUACCUGGUGGAGCGAGAAAAUGACGGCGUAGACCUGUUAACCUGGCACCACAAAGAGCUAGCUGAUGUGGUUAGGGAGCGAUACCUUGGUCACUCAGAUGCAGAAUGCAAGAUGCGAAACAACUUGGCCGAUUUCUUCUUGGGAAAGUGGAGCGGCACAUGGAAAAAGCCAUUCAAGUAUGAGCCGCCGUGCACAGAAGGUCUGAAGAAGACGGAUCCACAGAGCGAAGCAGUGAGAUAUGUGUGUGAUCAGCCACUCAUCUUCAACAGUCUCACCAUCAAACCUAAAUUCAACUACAGAAAGCUCACCCAACUACCCGUUCACCUGGCAGAGUGCAACAGAACAGAGGAGCUGAAGACAGAAGUAUUGUUUCACUAUGAAUGGAUACACGCUAAACUCAAGGCGACCUCGUUUCGCCAGAUGCUCAAUGAUUUUCACCUUAUCAAAGACAGAGAGGCAGCAUUAGUGGAGGAAGCUCUUAGAAUGUCAGAAUCCGCGCUUGUUGUGAAUCCUGAUUCACUAAGCCACCAACUUUUGGGUCGUCUCCUUCCUCACAUGCACCAAUACCCACUGAUCAAACGACUCCUUAACCAGUGUGACCUGAUUGCAAUGACCCAUGGCGCCCUUGUACCAAGAUAUCAGCUGUACACCACCCCUGGGGCACCGCUUCAAUACAUCUGUGAUAUUAAAAAGGAGAUCUCUUCAGAGUCAGAAAUGCAGGCCAUAGACGCCCAAGAUGCGAUACUGCUUGCCGCCAAACGGCCGUCCAGCAACAGAAUGAGUAUCUGGAACGUUACGAGCGGAGAGCCGCGACCGAUCAUGACCCUUCCUCAGGGUAAAAUCCACACAACGCCUGAUGGUCGAUUUUUUAACAUAUUGAAAAGUAACCGGUCAAUUCAGACGUACAAGGUCGACACAGGAGAGUUGUAUGGGGAGGUCCAGUUUUCACAAGCCCAAGUCGACUACGUUACAGUUUCCAACAAAUAUGUCGCCUUCACAGUAAAGCAGCAGAGAUGCCCGUUUGUUAUUGAUCACCAAGAGCGAAAGUACAUCCACACAUUUGACAGUCAGUCUCAAUGUGUGGCUAUUAGUAGGAAUGAUCAGUAUAUCAUAUUCAAUGCUGAUCACGACUGUCUAGCAUUUCACGAAUUCCCAAUGUUAGAACAGCGUCGAUGUGCCAUUUCGGUGAAUGAUGUCCCUACAAAGAUGGUCUUCGCAAAGGAACCAACAAAAGUCUUUGUUAUGUUCCGCGGCAAAUCUCUCAAGUGCUACACUGUAAAUUUGGUGAAAAAGAAUGCAGUAGAAAAGGCUGUCCUAGGCGACCUAGAAAUGCAAGAUUUUAAGUUGUCUCAUACCGACAAAUACAUCCUUGUAAGAUCAUCGAGGUGCCUGUUCCUAUUAGAUGCCAACACCUGCAAGCAACUGUUCAGGUUUUCUGAUGUCCCAACUGGCGUUUUUGUCGAGUCCAAUUCUACGUUCAGAGAGGCUGGGUUUUCUCCAAAUGAUGCAUACGUUGUAGCUAUUAGACACACGUAUUUGUGUCUAUGGGACACCUGUACCGGCACACCUAAGAGACUGUUCCAAACUUCCGUGCUACCAAUCACCUCCAUGGCCACUUCCCGGUGCUUCGCCAAAGUAGCCACGUGGUCUGAGGACCACGUUCUGAAAGUCUGGGACCUGAACAACCUGGACACCGACGUUGUUCACUCUAACGAGAUCUUUGAGGGAACAAUUUUCAAUUUUGCAGUGUCGACCUUGGGACCAAAUUCAAAGAUCGUUUGUUGCGGUACGUACAGUGCAGAAGCUAAAAUUCUGGGAUCCGACACAGGUAUUUGUGAGCGCACGGUAGAACACAGCAACGAGACUCAUCGCCGCGUCACAGAAGUGCUCGUUUCGCGGGAUGGAAAAUUCAUAUUGACCAGGGCAGAUAACGUUGAAGAUAUGAACACAGCAGAUCCAGACAAAGCCUGGACAUUUUUGCGUGAAGACAAGGUUUGGGACACUGCCUCCGGUCAGAUGAUAUUCAGAGCCAAUAAUAGUCGUUGUGCGCUGUUCACAGCAGACAGUGAAGCCGUGGUAAUCAUUCAGUGCGAUACAUACACCCCAGAUGAUCCGGAAUCAAGAGUCUACAGGGCACUUUUUCUUGAUCUGAAUUCAAAAGAACAGCAGAGUUUUGAGCUCCCGCGUGCUGAGAUUGUCAGUGCUCCUUUCGUCACUAGCCGAAGUGGUCGGCUGGCUUAUCUUAUGCAGAAAGUGCGGCACGACAUCGAUGCUGUUACCGACGAACCGUUCGACAUCUACGAGACUCGUCUAUGUAUCCACUCACUUUCCAAAUUCGUGCAUCACCCAAGACUACUCGCUCUCCGAGAUAUCGUACCGGGAGCCGACAGGAGCUUCAGUUUGUUAGACGUCAGACAGACAGUUGAAGACAAUUUCUUCGUAGUAUAUCGAAAGGACGACGCCCCGUUUGAAUAUAAGAAUGAUGGGACGUUGGACAGGGGUCGCCCCGUAGCUAAAGGCGCAUUGCUGUUUGAUGUGGUUCACCACAAAGUUCUGGAAAAGUUCGACUGUUUUAUGGAACCAUCCUCAGAUAUUCAGUCCACUGUGUAUUCCCGCCAUUAUUCCAUCGCUGUAGAUCAAAACCUGGGGGUAUUUGAUAUACGCAGAGGGAUGAAAGUGCAUACGCUGAAAAUGAAUCCUGCCGCCGACUGUAGGCCUCGAUUGUUGCUAGAUGGAAAAUACGUUGCAACGUUGUCCGAGAACAGACGGAUGCUGCUUGUUUCACGCGCGUCGGAUAGCGUGGAAAAAGCGCGUGCCUUCAUCCACGGGUAUGCAGAAGCCAUCCACGUGUCCGAGGACGAUAGGACGGUAUUUGUCAGCACCCAGGACGGUCGCAUUCUCAGUUUUCUCCUCAUUCUAGACACGGCAGACCCGGUGAUAGAAUUAAUCAGCAAAGUCCCCAGUCGAGCGCAGAGCCGGCCAUCGAGGAGUCUCAUAUACAAUGACAUUCAACAGGCAUCUACAAAAACUUUUGAGCUUCAUCGCCUGUCUGUUGCCUAUAGACACGAGCUGCGUGAACAGAUACGUCGCCCUCCAAGUUAUCGUACGCUCGAGACGGCCGUGCUUGUCACUCAGAGAAAUAACACUUUUAAGUCCCAGUCAUGUUCUAUACAAUGAGAAUUCGAGAUUGGCGGAUUUUGUCACAUUAUAUAGAAAAUGGCAUUGUUUCGUAAAAUUUGGUUUAAUCUUGUUGUUGACAGUCACAGUUUUUUUAAUGAAAUGUGACUCAAAUGCAUCGCUUUUAGUUUUUACCUGCGUAUUUUUAAACAAAGAUCUGAGCAGAUCAAAAAACGCUGAAGUCAUUUCCAUGUCGUGGGUAAAAUUUAAUAUGUGCCAACUUAUGUUAUGUAAAUGUAGCACCUUCACUGGCAGCUCCAGAAUACCAAGAAAAGGAGAGCGGGGGCAAAAAAGGCAGCUGGCUAUUUUGCCCGUCCCACUCCCGACAAUAUGUGGAUAAACUCUCGCCUCCCUUCAUCUCCCAAAUAACAACUGAAUGUUAAAAUUUGGAAAAGACGGGGUUUGGGCGCUGGAUAACAAUUACUUUUGCUCCCUUGUUAAUCUGCUGACUGGGUGUGUGUGUGUGUGUGUGUGUGUGUGUGUGUGUGUGUGUGUGUGUGUGAAUUUGAGUGCGUGCGGGCAUGCCUGUUCUAUUUUAUAAAGGAUGUGAACUAGCUUUUGAAAAUGUUUACUAUUGUUUUUGAAAUUUAUCUGGUCAAAAAUGUAAAAUCCAAGGAAUGCUGUAUAUCUUUUCUUUGUAAUUCUUGUUUUGUUACGGAAAUUAAGAUAGAGAAAAU